AUGCAGGCGCAGCGCGCGAGGCGGCUCAGCGAGGAGGAGUGGGGCCGUGUGAGCGCGCGGCUGCACGGAGACGCGCAGCUGCGCGCGGCGCGGCUGGCGUCGCAGCGCCAGGAGCAGGCGCGCGCGUUCGCUGCUGCCAGCGGCAGCGGCGGCGGCGGCUGGGGUUCGGUCGCGCCGGCCAUCAACGAGGCGUCGAGCCGCAUGGAGCGCGGCGUCGACUGCCUCGAGGCCUGGGAGGCUGCCCGCCAGAUCCGGGGCUUCAUGGCGGCUGCCGACAAGGAGGAGCACGCAUACGCGGGCGUCACCUUCACGCCCGAGAUCAACGCCCGCAGCCGCAGCCUCGCCCUCAACAGCUGGGCUUCGAAGCAGCCCGACCCGCGGCGCCCGUGGACGGCCGCGCCGGUGGUGACGGCGGCGCCUGCUGCGAGGUCGGUGCCGUAG